AUCGGCUUAACCUUAAGCUCUUUCAUCGGCUAGUACCUGUACAAGAAUGAAUGAACUUGCCGACGUACAUCGUUCCUAGUUUGACGACGGCAGUAAAAGCUGCCAAUCGGUUCUUCUCGGUCACCUACCUGUCCUGCUCUAUCCGUAUAUCCCGUUCCCGAUCCCGACAAGCCUCCACAUUUUUCCUGCCUGCUUUAUCCCAGAUGAAAGGAAUACCAUGAUUCAAAUUCAAAUUCAAUAGGGAAGUAAGUCUGAGAAACUGAAACAAGAUAGAGUUCUUAGAUAGAGAACCUGGACCUCUAGUCGCUUCUUCUUCUUCUUCUUCUUCUUCUUCUUCUUCUUCUUCUUCUUCUUCUUCUUAAAGUAACGGUCAAGCAGAAGCAACCCUCCCGCAUAAGAUGUCCCAACAAAGUGUGACCAACCUGUCCCAAGCGGCAACGACGUUGUACAAGCCUCCGAAAAAAGUGGGCGGAAUCUCCCAGUUCCACAAGGGCGUUGCGGUAUUUCAUUUCCCAAAAAUUUUGUCUGUCUAAUCAAUUAUGACCUCUAUUAUACCUGUAGUUCCACUCCUCAGGGCAAGCAUUCUGCAACUUUAUUAUCACGACCAUCACAACCAGGGCAAGCAUGCUACUUUGUUGACGGUGACUGACUCUCAUAUCGAUGCUCUGCGUGAUACGCAGGAGGAGAAAAAAGCGGCGAUGCUAAGAGCCCAGCCUUUGGGUGCGAAGGAAUUCCACUACCAGACGAUGGAAAAGAAGAGGGCGGUACUAGUUGUUGUACUCCGAAAAGUAUAUAUUUAUAAGUCAAGAAAGGACGAUUAUACUUUGAAAUUAUUUGAUCGCAAUUGGAACGAAUAUCUUUCUAGAUGUCGGUGUACCGAAUUCGAAUUGGAAAGUACAACUAACAACCUAGCUGUACUGUAUAACUUGUAGACAUACACAUAAUAGUACUACGCACAAGGUUGCACAAUUGAGCACUAAAUCCCACUAACAAAGGACCGUUCCAGUUACGGCUGUGACGACUUGCCUCCGAAGCCGUUGGGUUCUAUUCCUGGCUACUCUGGCUGCGUUCCACGUCGCGAAGCACUGAAUGUGCACGGUGGAACUCACCGAGCUGACAGUGUCAUUUAUGAUGAAGUACGUAGUAUAGAAAAUUUGAAGUACGUAGUAUAGAAAACGAGGAUCAUGCUCUGCUGGUCAUAUUUAUUACUAUUUUUGCAAACCAACAACAACAUGUUCAUUUAGAUAUACUUACCUGUAGUACGUUUUUGAAUGUAUAAUGCUUUGCGAUAAGAAUAGCAAUCCUCGACGGCGCCUAGCACGCUCCUGAUGAGUCUGCUUGCCUAACUAUGCGAUAAGUCUUCUAGUCAUGCUGCAGUCUUCUCUUCUAACGACCGGCCGUAUCGAUCUUCGCUGCAGAGCAGGAACGCAACAGGACCAUGGCCUCCAACAUCCUACCACCAGCCAAGGAUCUGAAGACUCCUGAUACACUCAGAUUGCAAUGAUUCUCAGUUUACUAGUGGAGGGGGAGACUAGUAGUGCAAUGAACAUCUUCAAUUAUCCAGGAGGAGAAACAGAGAAGCUCGCAGAACACAGAGGAGAUUCAGGGAAGUCGUAGGUCCAAUCCGAAUCGACUAGCAUCAUCAUCAGAAAAAGAGAAGCAGUAGCAGACCCCUCCGCAGGAUACUGAAUGAACAGAUGGAGUAAGUCAGGCUAAGUAACUGAGCAGAUAAAGAGAGAAUUUUUUGUGUAAAAAUGACAUUCGUGAAUGAUUGGGAGGAUGAAGUCGUAGUUUAUCGAUGAUUGUACAAUACAUAAAUUGAGGUUCUUGAUCUUGUUGAAGAUAAGCGACGAUUGAAAGGCAGAAGAAAUUGUCAGUCUUGUAUAUAUGCACAGUCCGUUAUAGGAGCGUCGAGUAAGAGCAAUGUAGUUGGCUCCACAUAAUUCGAUCGAAAAUUGAACAAUAUAUACACGUAACGUAGUUCCUAUCAUCUAAAAGUCUAAUCUGUCUAAUUCUUACACGAAAAUCCAUGCAGUACUAUUACCAAUGAAUAAGAAAAUCAGAAUCACGAAGAACGUAUGCAGCGAACAACAAAGUAAAAGGAUUGAAACCUUUUCAGCACGAACAAAAAUGUGACAAGUAUUAUAGAUAAUUUGGGCUAAAGUGAGUAACAAGAAUUUAUUCUCAGGCAUAAUGGAGAAGAUCUAUCAUACAUCAGUUGAUAAAGACUUUGAUUUUAAGAACCACAGGUUCUUGUUCACGACUGCCAAAUUUUAGAACAUGUUGCUCCCACCCAGACGCGAGAAGGAAAAAGAGGAAGUCUA